AUGGAGGGACAAGAAAUAGCAACAACACAAUCUAGUGAAGGAUCGACGGCCACAGCGAUCCUUGAGAGUCUUACUGCUGCGAUGAAGCAGCUUGCAACACAACAGAAUCCACCAUCAUCGACAGAAAAUUCUGCCCCUACAAUCGCCAUUAAGUUCAACGGCAUGAACUAUGGCUUGUGGUCCCAAGUUGUCGAGAUGUACGUCUCUGGCAAAGACAAAUUGGGAUACUUGACUGGUGACAUUCCACAACCGGCCCAGACUGACCCUGCUCUUCGGAAGUGGAAAAUUGAAGAUGCCACCGUGAAAGGUUGGCUCAUAAACUCAAUGGAACCCGCGUUGAUCGGAAAUUUUAUAAGAUUCCCAACGGCAAAAGCAGUAUGGGAGUCGGUGGCAACAACUUAUUUUGAUGGGACUGAUACGUCCCAAGUAUAUGAUCUGAAGCAGCAAGUGUCGCGAUUGAAGCAGAAUGGAUGA